UGUUUGUUUGUUGUUGAGUGGGGAAGUGUCAAGUCAGUCGAUCGCUGUUGUUUUUCGAAUAGAAAAUAAAACAAGUUUACACAUAAAUAUAAUUUAUAGCCAUUAAAAGUGUUAUUUAUUGCUAUUAGAUUUUCAAGUAAAAGUGAAAAUGAAAAAAUCCAUUGAACUUGGCGGUUGUGCAUCAACAAACAGACAACAAUAAAGAGAAUCGAAAGUGAAGUGAAAAAUGUAUACCAAGAACGACGAACAAGUGCAAAUGUUGUGUUUGUUGUAUACAAAAAUCUAAACCUAAACCCGUUUGAAAGCCUACCUAAGUGUAUGGAAUUAUAAGAAGUUCUUCCACCCCAUGACACACAUGCGGAACAAAGGGCCAAACGCUUAGGAGGGAAGGAGAUAAGAUUUUCAAAUCUCUUACAACAGACAUCAACAACAGGCACAGCUGUGUUGGUGUGUGGCCCCCGUGCACAUUUUGUUUGUGUCUUUUUUGCGGCCUGUCGUGUCUGGCCGUUGUCUGAUUGCCUGCUUAUUUGAAUUACUUGCUGCAAGCAGUCAAGUCAGACGAAAAAUACACGUUUACGGCGUCUGAAGUGGACAAUAACAGCAACAAAGACAAUAGCAUAGCAUUGCACUUUUUUCGUGACUACUUGUGUGGUGUUUGUUAAGCUUUUGCUGUUUUGUCUCGGUUAUUUACUUCUGUAUUCAAAAGUGUCUGUAGCCCAGUGCAUAUUUGCACUGCAACCACUGUAUGAUAUCGUUGAUAUCAAGUGCGUUAUUGACAUCAUUGGGAGUUAUGAGUGGUCAACAAAAUCAAAACGUAAAUCAACAACAACAGCAGCCGGCAGGUGCCAAUCAGCAACAAAACCAGCCCCAACAGAAUGCUGGCGGUGCUGCGGCUGGGGGCGGCCAGUUAGCUGCAGCUGCUGGCAACAAUCAUCAGAACUCUGCUGCCGAGGGAAGCAUGGAGAGAGGCAGCUGUUUAUUACGUUAUGCGAGCCAAAAUUCAUUGGAUGAAAGUUCUCAGAAGCACAUACAAAGGCCCAACAGUAAAGAUCGUUGUGUGGGCCAAUAUCACAAUGAACUACAUACUACACGUUCCUUCGAAGCCAUGAACGAGAUGCGCAAGCAAAAUCUCCUCUGCGAUGUUACCCUCAUUGCUGAAGAUAUUGAAAUACCUGCACAUAAAAUGGUUUUGGCAUCAUGCAGUCCAUAUUUCUAUGCAAUGUUUACGGGCUUCGAGGAAUCACGACAAGGACGCAUUACUCUACAGGGUGUUGAUCAUCAUGCUCUUGAAUUGCUCAUCGAAUAUGUUUACACAUCGACGGUGGAGGUCAAUGAGGAUAAUGUACAAGUUUUACUUACGGCUGCCAAUCUACUGCAAUUAACGGAUGUCCGAGAUGCCUGUUGUGACUAUUUGCAAACCCAAUUGGAUGCCAGCAAUUGUUUGGGUAUACGUGAUUUUGCCGAUAUGCAUGGAUGUGUGGAUCUAGUGAAUUAUGCCGAACAGUAUAUUGAACAGCAUUUUAAUGAAGUAAUCCAAUUCGAUGAAUUUCUAAACUUAACUUCAGAACAAGUUAUUUUGCUCAUACGCAACGAUCGCAUUUCCGUAGCCAGUGAAGAGAAGGUUUACGAGUGUGUCAUAAAUUGGAUACGUUAUGACCCAACAUUACGAGAACAAUACACUGCCGAUUUAAUGGAACACGUUCGUUUGCCCCUCUUGUCCAAGGAAUAUAUAACACAAAAUGUUGACAAAGAACCCUUGCUGGAGGGAAAUAUUGUCUGUAAGAAUCUGAUCAUUGAAGCUCUGACUUAUCACUUGUUGCCAAAUGAGAUAAAAACCCAACGUACAAUGCCAAGAAAACCGGUAGGAUUUCCAAAAAUUCUCUUGGUCAUUGGUGGUCAGGCACCAAAAGCCAUACGUUCUGUAGAAUGUUAUGACCUGAGAGAAGAAAAAUGGUAUCAAGCUGCUGAAAUGCCAAAUCGUAGAUGUCGUGCUGGUCUGGCUGUAUUGGGCGAUAAGGUAUAUGCCGUAGGCGGCUUCAAUGGCUCGCUACGUGUACGAACUGUCGAUGUUUAUGAUCCAACCACCGAUCAAUGGUCCAAUAGUAGCAGCAUGGAGGCCAGACGUUCCACUCUUGGUGUUGCUGUUCUAAAUGGUUGCAUUUAUGCUGUGGGUGGUUUUGAUGGCACCACCGGUCUGUGCAGUGCAGAAGUUUACGACCCCAAAACGGAGGUGUGGCGUUUCAUUGCCUCGAUGUCAACUAGACGUAGUUCCGUAGGAGUGGGCGUAGUAAAUGGCCUACUGUAUGCCGUUGGCGGUUAUGAUGGUUUCACCCGACAAUGCCUAUCAUCAGUUGAACGUUAUAAUCCUGAAAAUGACACCUGGUAUCCUGUUGCCGAUAUGUCUGCCAGACGUAGUGGUGCCGGUGUUGGUGUCCUCAAGAAUAUUUUAUAUGCAGUCGGUGGUCAUGAUGGUCCAAUGGUUAGGAAAUCUGUUGAGGCAUAUGAUCCGGAAACAAAUCAAUGGCAUUCCGUUGCUGACAUGUCAUUUUGUCGCCGCAAUGCUGGUGUUGUGGCCCAUGAUGGCCUCCUCUAUGUUGUUGGUGGUGAUGAUGGGGAUUCGAAUCUGUCAUCGGUUGAGGUUUAUAGUCCAGAAACUGAUACUUGGAGGAUCUUGCCUGCUGCCAUGACCAUUGGACGCAGUUAUGCUGGUGUGUGUAUGAUAGAUAAACCCAUGUGAAUAGAAGAGCAGGGUGCAUUGGUGAGACAAGCGACUGUAAUUGCCAUUAAUGGACUCGUGGAUGAUGAGAAUAGUCAAGCUGAAGGUACGAUCGAGGGUGCAGUGGGUGUUGUACGCCCUGACCAGCAACAACAACAACAGCAACAAGCUAACAAUCCUAAUCAGCAACAACAACAACAACAAAAUGUACAUCCUCAUUAUGAAAACAUCUACGAAUCCAUUGAACACUAUAACGCAGCCGCUCGUGGUCUUGGUGCAGAAGCCCUUAUUGCACCAAUUAAUCCAAACAACAACGCCAAUGCCCCUGCUGAAGAGUUAAUAGUGCCCCCACCAACGCCACAGCAACCCCAUCCUCCGGCCACAACCCAAGCUUCCGCCACUGGAAACCCUGACAACAAUAAUACUCAAAGCAAAUCACGCCUGACAACGAGUAACAUUAACUACCGUAACGAUUUAUAUGACCGUGCCAAUGGCAUAAAUGGAUCGGCAACGACAAAUGGAAUAGGAGUAGGAGCUGGAUCGACAAAUUAUGACAUACCAAGAUCUGUGAGAUCUGGUCUAGGAUUUAGACGCAACUUUCAAUUAGAUUUACAUGCAGCAAAUCCCCGUUUUAAUGCUUUUCGUUGCAAUGGUGCCACUUGUAGUCACUACAAUGCCAGUAACACUACAUCGUCUUCAUCAUCAUGCCAUCGUCAAAGAAGUUUCGAUGAUACCGAAUCACAAAACUAUUACAAUCUCAAUUAUCAGCCGUCGGUACGUUAUGAAAAUAUUUACGAGCAGAUACACGAUGAACCCAUAUAUCGUAAUACAAAUAACCCUGGCGGCGGUGGAGCAUCGGCUGCCCGAGUUUAUGGUCGUCUGAAUGUCAUUGGACAUGGCAUAGGACGUAUAGAACGUCAUCUCAGCUCUUCUUGCGGCAACAUUGACCAUUAUAAUCUGGGAGGGCAUUAUGCCGUUUUGGGUCAUUCACAUUUUGGUACUGUUGGCCACAUUCGCUUAAAUACCGGAUCAACAACAACGACUAAUAGUUCUAGUAUUACAUCGACAGCUAGCUGUAAUGGCAAUAGUUGUGGUACCACUGCAUCAUCAUCGGCUGCUGCAGCUGCCCAGAGGGAUGCUAAUAAUGUGAAGAACAGUGCUUCAUCGUUUUUCAGCUGCUUGCAUGGCGGUGAGAAUACCCAAAGCAUGAGUAACAUCUAUAAAGCUUCUGGUAAUCCCAGUAACUCGGGAGUGGCCGCUAAUUCUGUAGCUGGAGGAAGUAAUGCGAAUGCAAAUUUGCUAACGGGAAAUUCUGGAAUGUGUGCAAGUGCCAGUGCCAGCAGUUCGAAAGAUCGUGAAAGCCGAGCCGCAUCUGCCGGUCCACUAAUUAAUCCAAAUGCCAACAAUAACAGUAACGAUGCAACAAGCUCCUCAUCAACCUUGACAUUACGCGCCACCGGAGCAAUACCAAAAAUAAAAAAUCUCAACAGUUCAAAUACAGGAGGUAGAAGCUCCAAUAGCGGUGAAAAGAAUUCCAAUGCAACAACUGCAACAGAAAAAACUGUGUCUUCCCUGAAAAAUGCUCUAACGAAAAAAUCGUCUUCAUCAUCAAAUUCUGCACAAAAAACUUCCGCACAACAAUCGUCCUCGCUCUCGACAACGACGAACUCGACAUCAUCUACCAAUCCUACGAUGACGGAGCAAAAUGGCUCAUUAAAUCGUAUUUCAAAAUCCAGCUUACAAUGGCUUUUGGUCAACAAAUGGUUACCGCUGUGGAUGGGUCAAGGAGCGGCCGAUUGUAAGGUGAUUGAUUUUAAUUUUAUGUUCUCCCGAGACUGUGUCGAUUGUGAUGCAGCCUCGGCUGCUGCGCAAAUGUCUGCCUAUGGAACACCACGUUUAUCGGGAUUGCCACAGGAUAUUGUACGUUUCAAUGCCAGGGCAGAAAUGCACUCUUCUUCAACGGCCGGCAUGAAUGCCCCCUAUAGGAGACUUCAAGAUGGUCGCCCUCUGCACAGUACUUUAAAUCGUCUACGAGAAGCUGAUAAUUAUGGUACAAAUGCCACCGCAAGGCGUUAUGAAGAUCCCUCCUAUGAAAAUGUCCAUGUUCAAUGGCAAAAUGGUUUUGAAUUUGGCCGAUCUAGAGACUAUGAUCAUUCAUUGGCCGCACAACCAUAUCAGUCACCAGUUACAAAUCGUGCCCCUCUGCAAAGGGCCAGAUCCGAAAGUCCCACAUUAAGCGGUCAACGUAAUAAUACUCAAACACGUCGUUUACGAUCUAAUACAGCCACACAUAAAACCGCCAGCAGAGAAAAAUUCAAGGAUCCAUUUCGCAACUAUGAACUGAAUUCGGAAAAUAAUACAUUUAAACCCAAAUUGGCCAAAGCUGAAACACUUGAUGUAGUUGGUGCUGCCGGCGAUAAUCAACCAAGCACCUCAACUUCAGCCAUAAAGCCAAGUCCAGCAACAGUUAGUUCAAACGCACAACAGCUGCCACCACCACCGACAGAUGGCACAGCCUCAAUUGCACCCGUCUCAGCAGCCAUUGAAGAUAUGGAAGGGGCAGUUGGGGGCAUUGAAUGUCCAAAUCUUCCCAAUAUUGAAGUCAACAACGUUAUUGAGAUUGCCGCUGCUGUUGGUACAAGUGAUAACGACAAUAUGCCAUUAUCAAUGGCCAACAAUAAAAUAAACUCGCCAAAUACUGCAACAAAUAGUGAACAAAAGGAUUAGAUAUUUUUCGUAUUAGAAUUUAUUUCUUCUUCUUCAUAUUGUGAUAGUGAUUAAAUCCGUAUAGCUGCCACUGCAAUAAUUGGGUGUUUUGUUUAACAAAAAUCAAUGUCCAAUGGUGUUUUUUUGAAUUAAUGAUUUAGAGAAUGUGAAUUGCAAAAAGGAAUGUUCGAAACAAAUUUUAGGAAAUAUUUUGGAUAGAUUAAAUAUUAAUUUAAUUUGGACUUUCCACCAAAUCGGUUAGAGGCAUCAAACAGAAUAUUCAAAUUUAAUAAAACUGAGCUGUGCCUUAUUCCAGCGCAUUAUUCCAGCUCAAUAUAAAUAUAUUGAAUCCCUUGUUAAUGGGUAAUAAUUCCAAAUACUUUGGGGGUAUCCACUAUUGCGCGCUAUACCUUAAAUGAAUUGGGAGGUAUACCAAAACUAAAACCUCAAAUUACAGGCAUAUUUAUUGGAAACUGUAGCAGGGAGACUGCAAGACAAACGACAGUUUUUGGAAGGAGGAUAUCAAUCAGCCGAUAAUUUAUAAUUCCAAAACUGGACUAAAUCAAUUGAAAAUUUUUUAAAACCUCUUUUUUUUAGAUCACGAGAUUUGACCUAUUUUCAAUAAUCAAAUUUCGAUCUCUGGUUCUAUAUGGGUUACAAAUUUUUUGCAAUAAUUCAUAACCCAAAACUGCAUCAGACAUAUUUAUUGGAAAAAUUCUUAACCCAUGCCGGGCAAUCGCUUUUGUUUUGCAGCAGAAAAUCUAAAUUGUCAAAUCUAAGCUAAAUAAAUUGGAACAUUUUUUUAAAAAAUCUCGAGAUUUGAACAGCUUUCGACUUUUUUUUUUCGAAAUUUCGACUCUAUAAUGCCAAAUCUAAAUAAAUUGGAACAUCGAGAAUCGGAAUCUCGUGAUUUGAACAGUUUUUAACAAUCAAUAUUCGACUUUCUAUUUCGAGAAGUGUAUAAGGAGUCUAUGAGGUGAAAUAUGGAAAAUAUAAAGGCAAUUUAAGUCCCCGUAUUAUACCUUCAUUGCUGCAGUUCUAGGGUCUGUUUCUCCAUGACGAUAUAAAAAUGAACUCGAUUAAAAAACACUAAUUCUAGGACUAUUUUUAUACAGGCUAUAUAUGGUUUAUAUUAUCUGAUAAGACAAAAACGUGCCACAUCGGAUCCUGGGACCAAAUCCGUUUCAGGCAUUUGAAGUCGAUCUAGGUGUGUCCGUCCGUCUGUCUGGCUGGAUGAUGCGUUCAAUAACUCCCGAAAGAAGUAUCCGAUUUGGUCCAAAAUUAUUACAUUGUAAUAUUCUUAUCGAACUUAGAUCGAGUUCAGAGAUGGAAAAUAUCGGUCCUUCACUCCUUCUGGUAGCUCCCCCACAAAAGGCGAAAAAUCAUCCAAUUUUGUGCAAUCUUUGCAAUUCCUAAUAUUUUUAUCAGUUCCAGGUUAGGUGUGAAAAUAGACAAUAUCGGUCCACUGCACCUCUCCCAUAACUCAUAAAACGUUAAAUAAGAGACCGAUUUUUCGAACGUAUGAAAAAAACACACUUGGAAUAAUUUUAAAUUUCGUCAUUUCACAAAGUAAUUCUAAAUCUCACAUCUCAUUUUUGUUUUUUAAAUUUUUGCCAAAAUUAAUCUGAAAAAAAAAAAAAAACAUUUUUGGACUUGAAACAAUGGUUAUCAUGUGGCACAAAACCAAACAUAAAUAUUAUUUUAUUUUUUUUAAAUCGAGUAAUGUAAUUUCCUAAAUUAGCUACAACAACUCCCAGUACUUUCGCAAAAGCACAAUUUUAUUUUGAAUAAAACAAAUUCUAUUGUAUUAAUAAAGAAAAAACAACUGACCAAAUUUAUGGAUUAUUUUUUUCCUUUAAACAUUGUAAUAAUUUACACAACGACUAACCAGAUCCUAAAAAAACACGAGAAACAAGGAUAAUAACACAAAGCUCACUUAUUACAUGUUAAAUUGUAUCGAAGUCUUCUCGAAGCAAAAUUGAAAUGUCUCUCAAAAUGAACUACAAAGGAACACACCUUGGACUAGAUUUUUAUCCUGGUAAUGUAAAAAUAAUAAAAAUAUAACAAACCUUACUGAAAAUGUAUCAAGAAAAACGAUUAAAAUAAAAGUAUUUUAAAGACAUUUAAAUAAGAUUGGACAUCUCUCCCCUCUUAACGAAAAAAAAAACGAAACGAAAUUUUAUAAAAUGUACAUUUAAUUUGUUUCUAAUACAAAAAAGCUGAAUUUAUUUCCUAUAUAUAUUUAUUUCCUAUAUAUAUUUACUAUAUAUUUAACCAACAACAAUUAUGUAUUGUGUACUGUACUUUUUUCGAAUAGAUUUACAAUUAUCGCCGUAUUUCGUUUUUUACAAAUAUUUACCAAACGUUUUAUAUGUUCAUUCAACCAACCAACACACACAUAUGAAUUUGUUUUGUUUAGUACUCUUUGUUUCUAAGUGUUAAGUCAAAAAUUCAAAAUCAUGUAGACUUUUUUUAAAAAACAUACCAUUAUCGAGAUCUAGAAAGUAUUUAUCAUUAGCUAAUUAUUGCCAAGUUAUUUGCAGAUUUCUAUAUACUUUUCAUUCUUUACUUUUUGUAUGUACUAUCAUUUUCAAAAAAAGACAUUUUUUUCUCUCAUUGUCAUUUUGUAACAUAUAUAUUUUGUUAAUAUCACAAACGUAUCUAAGUGAAGAGCGUGCUCUUCGAAUAUAAUUGGUAAAAUUACACAUAUUCAUUAGAUGAAAAAAAGUAUUUAAUCGAAUAAAAAAUAUAUAUCACAUAGAA